UUUUUAUGGGAUCAGAUAAAACAUACCAUUUGUUUAUAGAUGAGAUAUGUAUAAAAACAUAGUAGUUAGCCCGUUUGUGCAUUACUAUUGUUAUAUUCGUUGGAGAAGGAGAGAUGCGUAUAACGUUAUAUAUGUAGUUUAUAAAAUAUUAUUAUAAUCAUAUCAGACCACAAAUUCGCCCAAUUUACAUAAAACGCCAAUCAAAUCGAAGAGUCAAAAUUUCUAAUUAGUUUCAUCUGAUCAAUACCUCAAUUAAAGAAUGAUAAUAUUCACAAAGCAGGUUUUAAAAGCACGAAUCUCUGCAUUUUUUUUAUUCAUUUGGUAAUUCAUUGGAAUAUUUAAACCCCAUAUAAAAUAUAAAAUUGUGAAAUAUUCCGGUAAAUUCUCAUAUCAUAUGUUAAAGAUGUCUUUCAUAGUACGAUAAUUUAUUAUUUAAUUUAGCUUAACAAUUUUAAUUUUAUAAUUCAAGGGUUUUAGUUAUCUGGAUACCGAUCUCUUCAUUUAGGAUGAAUUUCAUUCAUUUAUUUUAAAAUGUGGCUUAAGUCUAGUUGACUUUAUUAUUAUAACUAAGUAUAUUAUCAAAGUGUAAGGUAUCUUAUAACAACUGCGUGGAAAUAUGGUGUCUAGCAUACUUUUUUUCCCACAAUAUCAAAAGUAAAUGAAGGUCUGUAUUCUUCUAGCCCCAGUAUGCUCAAUAUUGUGAUUUCCGAUGUUCCGGUUGAUUUUAUACCCAGAAAAACGUAAUAAAAUGUUCUAAUAAAAAACAAAAAAAAAUUAAACUGUUAUUGAUAGUAAUAACAAGAGUGAAUGAUGUUUAGUUUAAACUGAAGUCGGAUGGUCGUUGAUGUUAAAGACCGUUUUUUAGACAUACAAACGGGCACGAACAUAUCUACCAUAUAUAACUAUCUACAGUGAGGCUUCAAAUUAUUCAAGAAAUAGAUCAGGUGUACGCCCACAAAUUUAAAAUUAAACUACAUCGGAAAUCAUUAGACUUACACCAAUUAUGUAUGUAUAUAACAAUUUUCUAAUGAUAUUUUUAGAAUCAUCCAUAGUACUAAUUCGAAAAAUUUGCUCAGCAUUGGCACCAUUCGGGACAAAGGGUUUUUCUCCAGAAUUCGUCGUCUUGCCGUUCUUGAAGGAAUUUGUGCACCUAAUUAUUGUUGAAUGCCUGCAACGAACUGAAACAGACCACGCAUCCACAAUAUUGCAAUAUUUUGAUAACCUUCGUCGUGGGCGGCCCUUUUUGUCACAUAUUUUUGCCUUUUCGUGUGACCCUUUUUUGACGCACUUUCUUUGAACAAUGAUUCGCUCGACCCAUUUUUUCAUACUAGUUGCAAAGUCGUUUAUUACUAGUGGACUUGAUACAGGGUAUAUAUAUACUUAUAUAUACAUAUGUAUAUUACUUAUGUAUAUUGUAUUUUAUGUGCGGACUCAUAUUGACAAUAAGUAGAAAAAUGUAUGCACUUAUUGAAAAUGCUCCCGCUCGUUAACAAGACGAAAUAGCCACAGCGCUUUUUUUCCAAAUGCUUAAGGCGCUCAGAAUUCGUUGUAAAAUGUUUUUUUUUUUGUGUUUGAUGUUAAGUCCUUACUAUUACAACCCAAUUGAAACCAACUCGCACACACAUGUAUGUAUAAAUGUAAAUACAUAUACAUAUGUAUUAAAGCAUACUGCAUCGGAUACAUUAUUAAUUAUAACAACCACAGAAACAUGAUGAUUUAUAAGCAAAAACUAUAUGUAUAUAUCGAAAAGACGGAUAAUUUUGAAAAAGCAUUUCUCUGUUUGAUGUGGCAAUGACUUAAGAAGCUGGUAUGGAAAAAACAUGUUUUAAUGACCAUAAAAAUAAGAAUGCAAAGUAAAUAUGUUAUACAUAUGUACUUCCAAUAUGUGUAAAUACAUAUGCAUAGGAUACACAAACAUAGUAAAGAAGUUCUACUAUAAAAAGACAUGACCAAAGUCGUAGUAGCACCAGUGCAACUAAAUAUUACCAUUCAAACAGAUGGAUUAAAAAAAUCUUGAAAUAGUCGUUGUAAAACUUCGAAAGAAAUAUAAUAUAUUCAUGGAAAGUACUUGAGACAAACUGUUAGAGGUCUUCUCUAUUGAAUAUUGUAAUCGAAUUAGUGUCAUAUAUCCUUUCUUCAUCAUAAUUUUUGACGUGGAAUUUCUUUAGUUUUCGAACCAUAUUUCUGAUAUACAUACUGAACUAAUAAAUGAUUGGAAAUGCAUCAUAAAACAUUGAGAGUAUAUAUGCAGAAAAUUAAGAGUAAUAUAGGACAACAGACAUUUUUUCAUGUAUUUUCAAUUUUACGUGAACGUUAUUAUUCCAAUAUCCAAGUCUCCGUUCGAACACCGCAAAAACAAUAUGCUUUUCUUUUAAUUGCAUUCGUACUGCUGCAAUAUGCCGACUUACGUAUGUGUUGUCACAUAUCAGCAAAUCAUCUAACACCAAACAGUGAUGACGCAAACUAUCUAAUAAACGGGGCACAUUCAACAGGCGGCAAAACGAACAGUAUUACCGCUACUGAGAAGAGAGUAAUUAGCAAUACUAGCAAGGGUGAUAUCGAAUACAGUCAAAUUGCCAACAACAAACGACGUAUUGGUAGUGGUCAACCUGAGGAGAUUUUUAGUCUUGAUGAUCGGGUCGAAGCCAAUUAUGAUGAGUAUCCGAUGGUAGUACCUAAGCGAGCUGCUCUUUUGUUAGACCGACUCAUGGUUGCUUUACAUCAUGCUCUAGAAAAAGAACGUCGUAAAAUAAGCGAUUUUUAUGCGGAACAGAACGAUAAAAACGCCAACAUGAAAGGGGAUAAUAAUCCUAAUAAUGAUGAUGAUUAUGAGCAAAUCAAUGGUAAUCAUAUGUACAGCGAUGAUGAUCCUUCAGUUGUGAUGGAUUACGAUUUCAAAGACUUAAAUUCCAUAAAUCGUGCCACUGGUGAAACUUUAAUGGCAAAGAGCUUUCAGAGAAGAGGAAGCAAUAACUUGGAUUUGAGAGGAAACCUUGGCAACGUCGAAGAUGUAGCGAUGCUUACGGGUGCUGCGGCAAGAGAUGACGAUUCUGGUGAUUUAAAUGGUAUUAUUGGUCGAAACGGAAUGGGGAAUACAGGACGUAUAUACUGGCGUUGUUAUUUCAAUGCAGUAAGCUGCUUCUAAAAGUAAAAGUGCUACAAAUAGUUUAAAUGUGAAGUAUAUGUAUGUAUUUGAAAAGGCAUAUAUUCGAAUGUUAUAAAUAUGAUUAUAUACAUAUGUAGUACGCAUGUAACAUUGUAAAUGUAUACGUACACAUUUUUCUUAUUACGUACCUACAUACAUUCCCAUGCUUAAAUGAGAAACCAUUAUACAGAUACAUAUUCUGGCAAUUCCAAAUUUAUUCCUACGUACCAUUAAGGAUCACUGCUUAUAUAUAUCUAUGUAUGUAUAAAUGUGUACGGAAUUGCGACGAAUUAACUCAACAUUUCCAUAAAUUACAUACGUUCAUCAUAUUUUCCAUAAUGAUUUUUGCAGAAAAUAAGCAAGUAUGUGCAACCCUUAUAAAUUAUAAUAUAUUAUAGGAUAUAGA